AUGAACUCAGAAAUCUUUGGAGUACGAAGGAAAAUGCGAAGGAGUUUUGGGUUUUAUACUGGCGUUGGAGUUCAAAACACAGAGAAUGAACAAAGGCAAUGUUUUAGGAGUGGAUGGUGUGCCAAUUACUCUCAUAAGGAGUUUGAGGGCAAGAAGCUUGUCUCAGCCACCAAGGAAGGUCUCAAACUUGAUGAGGGUGAAGACGAGGCAAAGAAGAAGGAAGAGUUGAAGGAGAAGUUUGAGGGGCUCUACAAGGUUGUGAAGGAUGUUUUGGGUGACAGAGUUGAGAAGGUUGUGGUGUCUGACCGUGUGGUAGACUCUCCCUGCUGUUUGGUGACAGGCGACUAUGGAUGGACUGCCAACAUGGAAAGAAUCAUGAAGGCUCAGGCCUUGAGGGAUAACAGAGCGGCUGGGUACAUGUCGAGCAAGAAGACCAUGGAGAUCAACCCAGAGAACCCCAUCAUGAAGGAGCUGAGAAAGAGGGCUGAUGCAGACCUUGUUCUCCUUCUGUGCAGAAAGACAAUUUUUUAG